GCCUCCAGCAACGACCGAGCCUCGCGACAAGUAGUUGGAAGCGACAGGACGCGACAGACGCCCCCGCUGUUGCCGCGUGCAAAGAAUCGUCGGAAAACAUUAUACCAGCAGAUUGACGCGCGAUAAGAAGGUGACUUAGUCCUGCCCCAGGAAUUGAAGAUGGCUCCGUCAUCGAGCCAGAAGGGGACAGGGAAGAAGGGGGGCGCCAGCGCAAUUCGCCAACAGCAGCAACAGCAGCAGCAGCGGAGCCGCAACACCACCCCCGGCCCCGCGCCCCCAUCCGCCGGCUUGCCCCCUUUCGAAACCAUCGAGACCGAGACCAUCGAGCUGCGUUUUGACGUCUUCCGCAAUCUGACCUUCGAGGACAUGGUCGAUACCCCAGCCUCUAGCUCGCCGAUACCCGACUCCAAAAGCCUCGACGGCGUCCUCACCCGUCUGCAUCGACUGGGCGAUGUGAUAGAUAAACGCGGGACUAACUGCGACCGCGGGAUGAGAGCCCUCGCUGCGAAGCGGAAGGACAGAGCCGACGAACUCGCCAUGGAGCGGGGCAGGGAAGAAGAGCGGAGACAGCGGGCUGCCGACGACGGGGAACGCGAAAGAAAAUCGAACAAGAAGAAGCGCAAGGGCGCAGACUCGCUCGCACCUCAUGCGGGAAACACGGAACGCUCGUCGCCGCUUCGCGAUUCGACAGGGAAAGCUAGAAAACUAUCUCGUGGCAACGAUUCGGCCAGCUCGUCACUUUCACCCGUUGCGCCGCGGACGCCCGGCGACAUGGACGUUGACGACAAAGCCAAAGCCGAAGCGAACGACGACGACUCGAGUUCUGACGAUGGACGCCCACCACCCCCAGCGCGACCGCAAGCCAAUACCUUCGGCGAUGACCCGUCGACAUUUCCCGACCCGACCGUCUACGAGAUCCUGCCAGAUACCCCAAGAGCGACCCUCGCGGAUCUCAUCGCCGGCGAUCCCCCAGAUAAAGACUUUAGCAGUGCCAAGCCCAGCAAUCAGAUCAACUUUAGCACUUUUAGCACCUACAUCGAACCCUACUUUCGGCCCUUCACAGAGGAAGAUCUCGCAUUUCUUAGGGAGCGAGGCGAUCGCAUGAUGCCAUUCGUCAUGCCGAAACGGGGCAAGAAACACUACAGCGAGAUUUGGGCCGAGGAGGAUGGUGGUAUGGCCAUCGACUCGUCACCACCGGGCAAGCUGCCGCCGAACCAGGCGCGCGGCAACAUCGAGAGCAUGGAUGACGAGGUGGCCGAGACGGACAAGCUUUCGGUCGGCCCCCUCCUUUCGCGACUCCUCCAAGCCAUGCGCCCCGAGCAUCGCGUACCACCAGCUGAAGACAAACCAAGCGGUAUGAACGGCAUCGGCGGCGAUGGCGACGGCAUCAACGGGGUCGCUACCUUUGACUUUAGCUUUGGCGAUAACCCCCCAGCCAGUCAAACUAACGGCAGUACUAACGGCAUCAACGGGGCAGCCUCUCAAGCAACCAACCCCGACCAACCACCACAACCACAAUCCCUCCCUGCCGCAACCUAUAUGCCAGAAUCCAACACCGAACCCUGGAAGAAAGCCACCCACCCAAAACUAGACUACACCCAAGUCGACGAGCGCAUCAAGCAAGAACUCCGCCACAUCGGCUUCCUCCCCCUCCUCUCCCAGGACGGCUCCAACACCAACGGCGGCAACUCCUCCACCGCCACCAACCACAACACAAACGGCACCAACGCCUCCACGGGACCCAACGGCAGCAGCAGCAGCAGCAGCGGCGGCGGCGGCGGCGGCGGGCCCAACGGCACCAACGGCAGCGCCAACCCCAACACCACCCAGCCCGACCCGGCCGCAACGGCCGAGUACGACGGGCACUACGACGACGAGGUCGCGGCACGCAUGCGCCUGCUGCAGGCCCGGCUGCGGGAGCAGGUGCUCGUCAACGGGGCGCGCAAGACGCGCCUGACCGACCUCGUCAAGGAGCGCAUGGCCUUCCAGGAGUACCAGACCAUCCUCGAGGACCUCGACUCCCAGGUCCAGGCCGCCUACCUCAAGCGCACCCGCACCAUGGGCAAGAAGCCCAAGAAGGCCCGCCCGGGCCAGUCGGCGGCCGCGGCGGCGGCUGCGGCGGCUUCGGCGGCUGCGGGGAUGGCGAGGCCCGGGAUUGGGGAUCUGACGAGGACGUUGAUGGAACGGAGGAGGCGGUGGAUUGAGAGUAUUGGGACCGUGUUUGAUGAUGAGGGCUUGGCGAGGGUGCCGAGGGUGGGGGAUGGGGAUAGUACGAUUUUUAAGGCGGGGGAGAUGGCGGAGUUGAUGAAGAGGGAGAGGGAGGCGUGGGAUGAGGAGGUGGAGGAGGAGUGA